AUCAUAGUAUCAUCCCAUCCGAAGAACUAAAAAACAGGGUCUAAGAAGAGCAACUGUAAUGGCGUAUCUCCAUCUUCCUACUGCCUCACGUCCUGCUUUUAUGGUACCCAUCACAGCAGCGUCGUCUCCUCUCUCUCUUCCACCCUUCCCAACUCAAUACUCAACCAAAUUCUCCAAAUGGGUCCGGUCGAAGUCUUUGAAUCUGGUGCUCUCAGGGGCUCUCACGCUCGGACUCUCUCUCGCAGGAGUCGAAGUAGCAGAGGCAAAAGUUGGGGUCAACAAGCCAGAAUUGCUUCCUAAAGAGUUUAGUCCCGUCAUUGAUGUAGCGGGUUUCCUCUCUGACGGUCAGGAGAAAAGACUUGUUCAAGAGAUUGGUGAUAUUGAAAAAGAUACUGGGUUCAAGUUGAGAGUUCUGGCCCAGAAUUACCCUGAAACACCAGGACUCGCGAUCAAAGAUUUUUGGCAAGUGGAUGAUAGAACUAUUGUCUUUGUUGCUGACCCCACCUUUGGUAAUAUACUGAACUUCAAUGUGGGAGCUUCGAUUGAUCUAGAUAUUCCUCGUAGUUUCUGGAGCCGAUUGGCAGGGAAAUAUGGAAAUAUCUUUUAUUGGAAAGAGAAGGGGGAAGAUGCGUCAAUUGAAGCAGCUGUAAUGGCAAUAUCUAAUUGCUUGAGAGAACCCGUAAGCCCAAAUAAUUGCUCUGAGGUAAAAUAGUUCCACAAUGGAUACCAGAAGAAAGUUUCCUCAUUUGUACUCUCCGUCAAUUUUGUAACAUUUAACGUAAUAGAAAUGCUACAUGUACUUUCAAGUGCAUUUUCCCUAACGUAGCAGUCAAAAUUAUCAUUGGAUUUUAGAUCCAAUGGCGAUCUUCACUACCACGUCAAUGAGUGUUUUCUUAGAAGUGCAUGUAGCAUUUCUCAUAAUGUAAUGCUCUUGUGAUUUGUAGAGCUAGGUGGGUAUAUCAUGUACUAUUACAUUGACAGUAGUAAAGAUGGGAAUUCAUGUUUCCUCUGUCAUAUUGAAUUGCAGUCAGUACAUAGUGUAUUUGUAGAGUCAUGUAAUACAGUUCUCAAGAGGACAACAGAUUGAGCAGCA